AUGAAGCUGUUCAUUACCGCUAUUGCCCCCCUCUUCGCUACGCUCGCCUCUGCAGCCGUCUUGCCGAAGCGUGAGGCAACUGUGUGGCAGAGUCCCUUCUCCGGUACUAUCGAUGCGCCCGUUGCCAACGAUGUCAUCGUCCCCGGUGUCGACUUCGCCUUCGAGUAUGCUCUCUCGAAUUGGUGCGAGUCGGCGUACACGCCCUUCACCGUCUAUCUCACCGGGGGGCCUGCGCCUCCUUCGUUCGAGAACGUGAACGCGAAUGGUACGCUCGCUGAGGGCAGCUUCAUGCUUGACCUUGGCAAGUACUCGGUGUCCAAUUUCGGCCUGCCCUCGCAGGGCACUCCACCACCCUCGACCCUGAAUCUUCCGGUUGAAGUGGUCAGCGCAGUCACCAACGACACACAGCUUUACCUCACCGUCCUGCAGGAGUUCGACGGAUGCCCUGGAGGUAUUUCCGUGGAGUACAGCCUAACGUCCAUCCCGGUGACGCUUAGAACGACUGCGGUGUGACUGUAUCUAAGCUUUACAGUUACGGUCAGACGCCCUGUCUGACUUUGAUACGCGUUCAUCUGUGUUAUGACUGAUGUACAGAAGACGAUCAGGUAUUGUGUGUCUGCGGCCUAUCUCUAAAGACAUGAAC